UUUUUGCGGAACAGGUAGGGAUACGGAGUAGUACUUACAUUUUUUAAAUACAAAAAUAAAAUGCGAAAAACAAUCAAAACCCAUAUUUUCUUAUUUGUCUUCUGCCCGGGCUGUUUUGCUAAACAGAGCAAUGUAUGAAUUAUUAAAAAUCUCCAAAAACGAUUCGCCCCUUCCCUUUAAAUAUUACCUAAAGUUUUUUAAAAUUUAAUUUGUUUCUAGACCCAAAGGAUUUGGCACAAAAGGUUGAGAAUGGUCGAAUUGGCCCUCAUGGAAUGGUUCGAUUUUUGCGCGAUCUUGGUGUGGAUCCAACCAGUCGAAUGGCAUUGAUUUUAGCUUGGAAGUUGAAGGCUGAAAGGCAAUGUGAAUUUUCUCAACAGGAAUUUCGUGAUGGAAUGAAUUCUUUGGGUGCUGACAGCUCUGAAAAAUUAAAACAAUUAUUGCCCAAUGUCGAAAGAGAAUUAUUGGAGAAUAAAAACCAAUUUCGAGAAUUAUACCAAUUUGCCUUCAAAUAUGUUAAACUUGCAAAACAAUCAAGUAUGGAGUUGGAUACGGCGAUUGAAUGCUGGCGAAUAUUGCUUGCCAACACAGACACUCGUCUUUCAAGUUGGAUUGAGUUUUUGCGUUUGAAAAAAGUUCGUGGAAUUCCGAAGGAUACCUGGAACUUAUUUCUCGAUUUUCUGACAAAUAUUGCUGUGGAUUUUUCAAAUUAUGAUAGCGAAAGUGCUUGGCCGGUACUCAUUGACGAAUUUGUUGAACACGAAUUAAAGAAAAUUGCAAAUAAUCAGCCUGCUAACAAUAAUAAUUAG